GGGAGCACAUUCCUUCCUGAUGACGCAAGAUGGGAAGAUUUGGAUACAGACUUUGCUGACUGUUUUCCAUCUGAAGACAUACACUACACUAUGGUUUAUCAGCAAAGUCAAUGCUGCUACAAAUUUGCUAUCACCAUAUGGAUGCAAGAUGAAAUGUUCGGUUUUUUAAACUUCACUGGAUGCUUGUCUGCUGUGGAAUAUAAAUGUCUGGAAUCUGGGAGCAGAUGGAGGACAAUUUGCCACUGGUUGAGGUGAGCAUGGUCACACGUCAUGUCUUGCAGACUAACAAAAGAAGAGCUGGACGCACAGUUUGAGCAGUUCUUAAAAGAGUCUCUUUCAGAUGACUCGGUGGAUUUAGGUGUCCCUGACAAGCAGCCGCUCUCUAAAAGCAACCAGAGACUAACAGGGUCACAGGAUGAUGGACACGGCGGGGGAGGAUCGCCGAGAGCACGGUUGGAAUCUUGGGCAUCUUUAAGGAUGUCUGAGUCUAUCCAGGAGGAGGAAGCGGAGGCAGAAGGUGUUCACUCAAAGGAGGAAGACCCGGCAGCGGCUCUCCUCCUGAGAGACAACACAGAGACCCAGGGCUCGGCGAUGGUCCCAGCUGUGAGCGGUCUGGGUUUAGACACUCUGGAGGAGGAAGAGGAGAAAGCCAGGUUCUUUGAGCAGCUGGAGGCAGGAGCUUCAUCCACUAUAGACUACUCCAAGCUCAACAGAGAGCUGGACUCAACCACUUCCACCCUUGCUGGUACCUGCAGGAAAGUAGAGGAAGCAGAAGAAGCAGUGGAGCGGAGUGGUGAUGAUCAAAGGCCAGAGGUGAUCCGAGAGACUCCAGGCUCCCCACACUACAGCAGCGAUUUUGAAGAUGAGGAGGAUGUGAAGCUGCCACUGGAGGAGAAGUCGUCUGCAGUUCUUACCAGAGUGUCUUUCUAUGACUCCCUGGAUGAAGACGAGAGGAGGAAGGACACAGUGGGCUCCCUGCACAGAGGUCAGUCAUAUGUGCAGAGUGGAGGCUCAGAGAUGGAGGCUCUUCAGGAGGCCUACAGGCAAAUCCACAUUGUGGAGGAUUCAGAUGACCAUGGUCACCAGACUUCAUCUUUGGAAGGGAGAUGGAAGCCCAACAGACCUCUGUCUCCAUCCUUUCCUCCUCAAAAUGCCACACAGUCUCUGCACCCUGUUUCUACCAGCGAGUCAGAGCUGCCGACUGCAGAAGAGCUGAUGAGGCCCAUCCGACCAGAGAUGGAGCAAGUUAGAGGCUUCACCCUCCGGCCUGUCAGUGCUGUGGAAGCUGACCAAGAAAAGACAUCUGGCUCACUGGAAAAGACAUUCCUGGAUGAAACUUCCACAGCGUCACAACACAAGCAGCUAGGAAAGCCUGGCCCUGCAGCUGCAGUGAUAAAUGGGGCCAGGGGGUUGAGAAGCCAUCUAAGCAGCGUCCCUCAGUCCGCCAACAACGAUCUGACUUUGAGCAUUAAGGAAGAAGUAGACAGGCUGAUGCAGGAUCACACCAAAAGUUCCUCUCUCACAUUAUCUCACACUGGCAAAGCUAAGAAACAGCCGGCCUCCCGUGGCUCCAUUGCUUGUACCUCUUCGGUGGGGAGAGCCACUGUAGCUCCUGUAAGGGGACGGAGAGUGGACGGGAGAACAGCAGUGACCUCCAGGUCAUCAGGGAUAAGUAGAAGUUCUGCUACUGCAGCCAAAAGCCUGUCCUCUGGUUCCCAUUUCUCACAGCAUCCACAAAGAGCCAAAUCCACAAAGAACCAAGAAAAAGACUGCUGGGAUUCUGCAGCUGAACCAGAUGUGAAGGUGAGGAAUGAACUAGUGGCAUCUGUUCAGUCCUUAGUGGCUGUCCUCCAGCAGCAAAUAGACACCACCAAACAGCAGGACUCUGCACAGGAAGUCAGAGGAGCCCGGCUGAAACAUCUUCCACAGCUCAGUAUGGAGCAGGACGGCUCUGUGGUGGAGGAGCUGAGAGUCCAGCUGGCACAGAGGGAGCGGGAGCUGCAGAUGAUGAAGGCAGGAGCAGAGGAGCUCAGCUCGCUCAGACAGCAGAAUUACCUCCUACAAAGCAAGCUGCGCAGUGCAGAAGAAGCCAGUCGGAGAAAGAGGCAGGUGGAGGCCACAGACGCUGCUGCAGAAGAGAAGCUGCAGCAGAUUGAUAAAGAAAUCAAAGAGCAGGAGACACUCAUUAAAGGUUACCAGCAGGAGAAUGAGAAGCUCUAUCUGCAGAUGAAGGCUCAGCAGGCCAAGAGUAAAGCCAACGAGGAGGCCAUGUUUAAUGAGAACCAGAGGCUGCUGACUGAGCUGGCUUCCACAAGGGAGCAGCUGAAUCAAACCUCGAGGCCUGUGGGAAGGAUAUGCUUAAUGGAUCACACUCUGCACAUCGCAGACUUGUUAGCUCAAAUAAACACACUUCAGACAAAUGAGGCCAAGAUGUCUGAGGACAUCCAUAUGCUGAAGCAAGAAAAGCAGGCUGUGGAGGUGGAGUUGCAGCUCAUGAAGAAAGAGAGAGACCUGGCUAAAGCCCGAGCCAGCUCCAUCUCAGGAGAUAAGACCUCUGAAGUGUGUGUAUUGGAGGACAAGCACCAGGAGGAAGUGGCAGCGCUGAAGAAGAAGCUGCAGUGGUUUGCUGAGAACCAGGAGCUGCUGGACAGAGAUGCUGCCAGGCUGAAAGCUGCUGCAGCUGAGAUACCCCAGCUCAGAGAACAGGUAGAAAAACUGAAACAGGAAGUGGGCAAAAGAACCAGCUGGCAGAUGAAGGCCAGAGACAAAUCUGUGGAUGUGAAGAGGAUGAAGGACUUGGAGCGACAGGUGAAGGAGCUGGAACAAAUACUAAGAAGCAGAAACCCAAAUUCACUGCCUGCUUUGAUUUACGCUGCAGCCACAGCCGCCGGUCACGAGAAAGUGGACGCUGGCAUCACCGCUCUGCUGGAGCGAAGGAUCCGGCGUCUGGAGGCUGAACUGGAGAGUCACGAUGAGGAAGCCAAACGCAGCCUCCGGGCUGUGGAGCAGCAGUUUCACACACUCAAGCUCCGCUACGAGCAGCAGAUCUGUGAGCUGGAGCAGCAGCUGGAACAUGUACAGCAGGGUGAAGCAGCAGCCGGGUCACACCCGGUGAUGUCGACGGUGCAGACUCUGGAGGAAGAGCUGGAGCGUGUGAAGGAGAGCCACAAGGAGAAGGAGAAAUCUCUGCAGGAGCACAUUGAGUCUCUCCAGCAGCAGCUCAAACAGAAGGCCCAGCCGAGUCCCCUCCGACACCAGCGCCAAGCUGAGGCGGCGUUUGGCGUGCGGCUCAAGCGGCUGAAUCAAGAGCUCGCCACCAAGACGCGGAUGAUCCAGGAGCUGAGCCGCACUGUGGACACACUGAAGAAGGAAAGGAGCAUUAUGUCCGUUUCUAACACACGAGCACAAAGUCGCUCCACCGAGAGCAAACCGCAACAACCAGGUGUCACCAAAACACACGGUCCUCCCGCUGCAGGAGAACAAACAUUUCCAGCUGCUCAGUAUGAGAAGACCUACCAGCCCACGGUGUUCACAGGGAGUCAUAUCUCUGAGGUUCUGCAGGAGAACGAGGCUUUGAAGCAGAAGGUGGAGCUGCUGCAGCAGCACAGUGAGCAGGAGAAGGAAGCACUGAAGGCUGAUGCAGCACGGGCUGAGCAGGAGCUGUGCAGGCUGAGGGAGCAGUAUGAAGAGCAGCUGUCCACGAUGAAGGCAGAACACCUUAGAGCGUUGGACCACCUGCGGGUCGCCCACGCACUCAAGCACUCAUCCUCUAAGGUUGCAGAACUGGCUAAUAAGCUGAGCAUUCAGGAGGUAACGGUGAAGCAUCUGCACGAGCAGCUGAAGGAACUGCAGGGGUGCAAAGAGGCACUGAAAAUAUCCAGGACGAGAGAGGAUGCUCUGCAGAAGCAGCUAACCAUGCUGCUGCAGGAGCUGAAGGAGGCUAAAGAAGCUUCGAGCCCAGAGGUGAAACUCCUGUGCAGCCUGGAGAGGAAGAUCCUUAACAUGGAGCUCAGACACCAGCACAGAGAGAAGGAGCUGCAGCAGGUGAUUGGGGGGGCAUGGCAGACAUCAGGUGAUGAUCUGCAGUCUGAGGUGGAGCACUGGAGGCGUCUGGCUCAGGACAAGAGCAGAGAGAUGGAUCAUUUCCGUCUUGAACUGGACUCCAUCCUGGACAUCCUGAGACAUCUCCAAAGUCAGGGAGUGCUUCUCCCCACGCCUGACCCCCCAGCGCGAGCCCCUUCUCCCAGAGGAGCUAAUGCUAGCUCAGGUUUGGAACGCUGAUGCUGAGAACUGCACACUGAUCCCUGUCAGUGUAUCAGCAAGUAGUUCAGCUUAGCGCAGUAAGGGCCAUAUGUGUGCUGUUGCAUUUGUUUCUACUUUGUAUUUAAAUGACUGUGUUUUACGGUCAGGUUAAUAAUGAAAAUAAAUGUUUGUUUUUUCAUG